AUGGCACAAACCAGCAAGUGUCCUUAUAGAUAUGUCAGGAAAGACCAUUUUUGUUGUAGUGUUAACUGUUUUCCUGGCCUUGACCAUUGUAUCUAUAAUCUUCCUUCUACUUCUCAAGUUGCCGCUAUAUGGACUGAACAUGAUGAUGAAUCAGUCGAUAAGCAAGCGCAUAUUCUCGUUUAUAGCCACUCAAAUGCUGCUCACAAGCACCACGGAAAUAAACGAGUCUAUAAAAGAAAGCGAACUGAUUAUUCCUGUGAUGAAGAGGUUAUCAUUGAUCCCUCUUCUAUACAGGAACCAGCCCAACUUAUGGAUUUAGAAAAGAGAGCUGCUGAUCAUGGAAAGCAGGAUGAACAUACUGUAUCAGCUAGAGAGUAUUACUGCUAUAGGUUCCAGAUAAGGAAAAAUGAUGAAUCCAUGCUAUUGCAUACUCUUAGAUUGCUGCAGCAAUUUUCUGUUGAUUCCUAUGUAAAAAUUGAAACGUCUCGACUGGAUUUUCAGCGCAAGAGGCAAAAUGACGUUCGAACAGAAAUCCUUGCAGGAGUAUUGGAUAGUGUUUCCAUUGGUCAGAGUGAAGGCUCAAAAGUUGGUCGCAGAGUGAUAUUACCAGCUUCUUUUAUCGGUGGGCCAAGAGAUAUGAGGCGGAGAUAUCUUGAUGCAAUGUCAUUAGUACAAAAAUAUGGAAAGCCGGAUAUUUUCCUCACCAUGACAUGUAAUCCAAUGUGGAAAGAAAUUCAAGAUAAUCUAAUAGUUUCUGCUGAGCUCCCUGAUCCUAAGCAGUUCCCUCAUUUGUAUUCUCUUGUUCUUAAGCACAUGGUUCAUGGACCUUGCGGGGAAAUGGGCAGGAAUAGCCCUUGUAUGAAAAAUGGUAGCUGUAAAAAUCAUUAUCCAAAAAACUUCUGUGAACAUACAACUCAUGCCGAAGACAGCUAUCCAUACUAUAGGAGAAGGGAUAAUGGCAGAAAGAUAACUGUCCGCAGUUUCAAAAUUAUAUCUGAUGAUUCCCGUCCUGAUGUCGAUGAAAUUAAAGAAUUCCAGCAGGGAAGAUGGAUUUCACCUCCUGAGGCUUUUUGGCGCAUCUUUGAAUUUAGGCUAAACGAGAUGACUCCAGCUGUCUAUACUCUCCAAGUUCACCUACCUGGGCAGCAGCUUAUCACUUUCAACAAAAACUCAGACCUUUUGCAGCUACUGAGGAAAAUUGAUUUCUCAAAUACCAUGUUAACUGAGUUCUUCAAGAUGAACAAAACGAAUGCAAAAGCUGAAACGUUGAAGUGCUUUUAUAGGGAAUUUCCAGAACAUUUUGUUUGGUCUUUUAAAUUUAAAACUUGGACUGAGAGAAAGCGUAAAAAAGCUGGAAGGCUGGUCACGGUCAGCCCUCGUGAAGGAGAGAGAUAUUACCUUAGACUCCUGCUAACUCAUGUUCGAGCACCUACGUCAUUUGAUGACCUGUUAACUAGUAAUAGCCAAAAAAUGAAUUGCUUUAGAGAUGCUGCGUUGGCCCUUGGACUUUUACAGUCUGAUACAUAUAUACAAGAGACUCUUGAAGAAGCAGUUGUUUUCCAAAUGCCACCCUCUUUGAGACUGUUAUUUGCUACUAUUCUUGUUCGUUGUGCUCCAGCGGAUCCUAAGUUUCUUUGGGACAAAUUUCAGCUAGAUCUCUCUGCAGAUUACCAGCGAUCCCAACAUCUUUGUUUUUAUACGGCUGAAGAAAUUAGAAAUAAGGUCCUACAGGAAAUUAAAAAAAUGGUCGAACAAAUGGGUAAAAGCUUUGCUGGCUACCACUUAGCUGUAAACACUUCAGCAGAUGUUCACUCUGAUCAGCUAACAAAGGAAAUUGAAUGUGAGAGGAAUAUUGAAGUUCUGGCAGAGGAUCUUCUAAUGCCUUUUAGAUUGAAUGUUGAACAACGGCAUGCCUAUGAUUUAAUUCUCCAGUCAGUUUUCUCUCCUGUUGGCCAAAGUUUUUUUAUUGAUGGCCCUGGAGGAACUGGCAAGACCUUCCUAUAUAGGUCUCUUCUAGCUACUUUGAGAUCCCAAGGCCACAUUGCCAUUGCGGUUGCAACGUCAGGUGUUGCAGCCUCUAUUCUUCCAGGAGGAAGAACAGCCCACUCUAGAUUUAACAUACCGUUAGAUUUUUCUAGAAAUAAAACCUGCCAGAUUAGUAAACAGGGCAGUAUUGCAAGAUUACUUUUUCAAUCAAGGUUAAUCUUGUGGGACGAGGCUUCAAUGGCCAAACGAGAAACUGUUGAAGCCUUUGAUGGUUUGCUUAGAGAUAUAAUGGACUGUGACGAUCCAUUUGGAGGAAAAAUAGUUGUUUUCGGUGGCGAUUUUCGUCAAACUUUGCCAGUUAUCAGACAGGCUACAAAACAGGUUCUUAUAGAAUCUAGUCUUCCUAGCUCUCAUUUGUGGUCUUCCAUGCAAAAGCUCCAGCUGGUACAAAAUAUGCGAGCCAUCUUAGAUCCAGCAUUCUCAGAACUCCUAUUGAGAAUAGGAGAAGGAAGAGAAGCUGUUGAUAGGCAUGGUGAAAUAACUUUACCUUCUGAGAUGGUCAUUCCUUAUACUGAAAAAGAAGAAUCUUUGAACAGGUUGCUUCAAUCUGUUUUUCCGGAUUUAACUAUGUAUUCAAAAGAUCCUUAUGGUAUGAUCAAUAGAUGUGUCCUUGCUCCAAAAAAUAGCUCAGUGGAUGAAAUAAAUGACCUAAUGAUCAGAAGAUUUUCGGGAAAUCUUCAUGUCUAUGUCAGUUCUGAUAGAACCGUUGAUCCACGACAUCAAGGAGACUAUGAAGAUUUCUUGAAUUCUCAAAAUCCAAAAGGCCUUCCUCCUCACAAGCUACUGCUCAAAGAAAAUUGUCCAAUCAUGCUUAUAAGAAACCUGAACCCUACAGAAGGAUUGUGCAAUGGUACACGACUCAUUUGUAGAGAGCUGAGGCAGAAUACUAUCUGUGCAGAAAUUGCUUUUGGUCAGCAUCAAGGAAAGAGAAUUUUCUUCCCUAAAAUUCCUUUACAAGUGUCUGAUGAUGACAAAAAUGGCCUGCCAUUUAUAAGAACACAGUUUCCUAUUCGUGUUUGUUUUGCCUUGACAAUCAACAAAUCCCAAGGGCAAACACUAGAUUAUGUUGGAAUCUACCUUCGCGAACCAGUUUUUUCUCACGGCCAACUAUAUGUUGCUUUAUCUAGAGUUAAAACUUCUGCAGCACUUAAAGUUCUUAUUCUGCCUGGAACUUUUGAUGGUAUAAAAAUAGAUUGCAAGACUAGAAAUGUAGUAUUUCAGGAAAUACUUCAGCUAACUGAACACUAG